AUGGAAGAACAAAUAAUUAAAGAUGUUUAUACACAAUAUAUCAUAGAUAACAAAGAAGAAGGCAAAGAUAACAAUAUUGAUAAAGAUUAUAUAAAACAACUAUUUGAAACAAAUAUUGUUUUGUUUUUAGAGAAAUAUGGUGAAUGUUUAAACUUGCAUCAAUUGGAAUACAUUGAAUCUAUAUAUGUUGUUGAUGAUGAUGGAUCUGAUUCUUCUUGUAAAUAUUCAGUUGAACAUCAUUUAUAUAGAUUAUAUCAAAAACAAACAAGUAAAGACAAUAGAGAUAGAAUAGAUAAUAAUCGAUUCAAUUAUCAAGAGACUAAAAACAAGAGAUAUGAUUAUAUGGUUGACAAGUUGAUUGGUACUGAUUACUUUUCAAUGGAAAAGUGUAUUGAUCGUCAUCCUUUUAUCUAUUAUCAUAUGAUUUCAAAAUAUAACCAUGAUUAUGAUGAUGAACAAGACGAAAGUGAUAGAAGAGAACCAUUUAAAUCAUCUGCAACACUAUCUGAAAGAUUAUUGGAUAAUUAUCAUUUGGAACAAUUGUCAAUUAAAAGAAUUGAAACAGAGUUUCAAGAGAUUCAAGAUAUCACCUCGAAACUUGGAACUCUAACACGCAAAAAUAAUGAUAUCUUUAAUGAUAAUCAACCAUAUCCUCUUCUUUACAAAUGGUUACAGAUUAAUAACAAACAACAAUUACUAUCAAUCAUCAAAGAAAUGUAUAAAAGAAAAUCAACUUUAAAUCAAUUAAAACAACAACUUGAAAACAAAAAAAAAAGAGAUAGAAAUGAUCAAGAUGAAGAAAUGGAAGAAGAUGAGGAAGAAGAAGAGGAAGAAGAAAAAGAGGAAACAAAAGUAGAAAAUAAUGACAAUGGACAAAAAGAUGAUCAAUCAAUGGUCGUGGUACAAGAAGAGGAUAAUGAUGAAAUAGAUGCAUUUAUAGAUUUGAUGAAAGAUUUAUUCAUUAAUGGACAAGAUAAAGAUUUUGACUAUUCCUUAAUUGACAAACAACGAGUUGGAAUGGAUGAUGACAAGGAGAGUCAAGAAGAUCUUCUGUCUUUAAAUCGAUAUGGUGAUCCCCAACCAACAAAAAUGGCCACCUCUAGGGUUUACAGCUUGGGUGAAAAUGAUGACUAUGAUUAUGAAGAAGAAUAUCGGCAAUCUCUUUUAAAUAAAUAG